CCCCCUUGAGGUACAUGUAGCGGUGCGGUGGUAGGUGGGUGUGAUACGCAGACAUGGUAGCAUUUGUUUUGGGUCCUCUUUUACAGCGUUGAACGAAGGUACAGUCGUCAUGAACGACCGUGAGCUGGACCUGACGGCGGCACAGAAAGCGACUAAGUCAAAAUACCCUCCAAUCAACAAGAAGUAUGAAUACCUGGAUCACACGGCAGAUGUACAAAUUCACUCUUGGGGAAACGAUCUCGAGGAGGCCUUCGAGCAGUGUGCCAUGGGCAUGUUUGGCUACAUGACGGACACGGAGACGGUGGAGCCGAUCGAUACUGUUGAAGUGGAAUCGGAGGGAGACGACAUGGAGUCUCUUCUUUUCCACUUCCUGGAUGACUGGUUGUACAAGUUUAGUGCAGAGCUCUUCUUUGUUCCCAGGGAGGUAAAAGUUCUGCACAUAGACAGAAUGCACUUCAAGAUCCGCUCCAUUGGUUGGGGUGAAGAAUUCUCUCUGGUAAAACAUCCACAGGGAACUGAGGUGAAAGCCAUCACAUACUCCGCAAUGCAGAUCCACGAUAUUGACAAACCAGAGAUAUUUGCCAUCAUUGAUAUUUGACAAUACCAGUCAAACCGCACUCCUGGUUCAAUGAAACAGAAAAUUCUACUUAGCCGAUUUAAGUGGCCUUUUAUCUAAAGCACUGUUUCCUGAAUGAUCAAAUCUGGUUUUGUAUUUCAAAAGCAAAUUGUUUACAAACAGCAAUCAUUUCCCAACACAUAAUGUUGGCUCUUUUCAUACAGUUAAUACUGAAAAGUCAAACUAAUUAAGAACAAUGCAACGUUUUUGACAAAUUUUGUCAACCAGGUUUUACUCUUACUGCUUUUGCAAAUUUUUAUUUAUAGCACAUUUGACAUGAAUUGUGUUAAUGCAACAUUGUAAAUAAAUCUACAUAUUUUUCUUCUGUGGGGUUGAUUUUAAUGGUUGGUACUUUAAAAUAAAAUCUUGCUUUCGAAUGA